AGGGGAGAUGAUGAUGGCGCCUGGCCCUGAAGUUGGUGCUGGGAGGGCCAGCUGGGAGCGCUUUGCUUGAAGAGAGUUGCUAAUACUGGACUGUACAGUAGACGUCAAGGAUCGCACAUCAGUAGUCUGGAGCUGAGCCCUGCCCCUUGGCGCUGGCCCCUCAAUACCCGUUGAUCGCAAGUUUAGCUAGAAUCUUGUACUCAAAUGCUAUCAGUGGCAUGGCUUCUGAAAGAGAGCCCCUGGCUGAAACAGUUGGGCCUGUAUUGAGGGAUCAUCCUGUCAAUCCGUGUGUAGCAGAGGCUGCCAUAGUACCCCAGUCUCGCCCGCUUGGCUUCCUGGAAGACCACAGAACUGCAGGACCCACACGCCCAUACCCUCUGGGGGAAAGGUUUUACGGCCCCCCGCUGCUCUCCAGAAUGAACUCCCCAGCAAGUAUGGAAGCUGUAGGGGGGGUGGCUCAAGCGGCGACAGCGGGCCCUGAAACAGACCUGGUGAAAGGUCCUGCCAGCCCCCAGCCGGAGGUGCGUAGGCGGAAGUUCAAGCGGGCGCGUGUUGUGAAAGAUAUCAAGACAGUAGAGGUAGGGCCAGCUGGCAAGCAGGAGCAGGAGAACCCGUUGGAGAACGAGAGGGCAAAGAUGAGCGCGAGUGUGCGGCGCUUUGUGGCGCGUGUGCAGGAUGUCCAAGGUGACCGAAAGUUCUCAGAGUGGAAGGGGUCAGUGGUGGACUCGAUUGUGGGGACGUUCCUGACACAGAAUGUGUCCGAUCACCUGUCCAGUUCCGCUUACAUGAAUAUUGCUGCACGCUGGCCAGUGUCUUCGGAGCAGCCCAGCGUCCACGAUGGUUCUAAGGGGUCACCCCAGGGCGUCUGGGAACUUCGACCAGAAGCGGGCAGUGCUUUUGACGAAGUUCAAGGGGUUUCAAAUCCGCAGCCAGCUGUUGACGCUGAGAGCGCGGGCGUUGCAGCUAGGCGAGCGGGGAAUUCUGCCAGCCCUUUCGACGCUCUCUUCUCUCGUUGUCUUUUAGAAAGCGUUGGGGCUCCGGAGCCGUCAGCUCGCAUUGCGGACGGGGCAGCGACGGUCACUCCGGCUUUGCAUAAUCAGAACGAGAAGCGGGACUUUUUUGAGCUCCGCACAGCUGGGAAUGACGGGUCUUGGCAAGGGCGGUCGGGGGAAGAGUCGGGCUCGGAGCCUCAGGUUUGGAACAUCGAAGAAGCAGGGGGAGUCAUGGUGACGGGCUUGCCCGUCGGAUCCUCGUUUGGGCGAGGCACGUGUAAUCCUGAGGACGUGCCACGUGGCAGAAAGCGGCUGCCCGUCUAUGAGGACGGCGUCGAUUGGGAGGGCGUCCGGGCGGCAAGCUUGGAGGACGUUGCGGACACAAUCAAGGAGCGGGGCAUGCACGUGAUGCUGGCGCAGCGGAUCAAAUCGUUCCUGGACAAGGCAAAGGCCGAGCACGGCUGCCUCGAUCUGGAGUGGCUGCGCGAGCGGCCGGCCGCGGAGGCGCGCGAGUACCUCAACGGCCUGCACGGCCUAGGCAUUAAGAGCACCGAGUGCAUCCUGUUGCUCUGCUUGCACAAGCCCGCCUUCCCGGUGGACACCAACGUGGGCCGCAUCUGCGUGCGCCUGGGGUGGGUCCCCUUGGAGCCCCUCGACGAGGAGCUGCAGCUGCACCUGCUAGACCAGUACCCCAUCCAGCAGCGGCUGCAGGAGUACCUGUGGCGGCGGCUGAGCCACCUAGAUCAGCGGGAACUCUACGAGCUGCACUACCAGCUCAUCACCUUCGGCAAGGUGUUUUGCACGAAGCGGCAGCCCAACUGUUUGGCGUGCCCCAUGCGAGAUGAGUGCAAGCACUAUGCGAGCGCCAAGGCCCACAAGGAGCAAAAGCUGGCGCUGCCAGAAGCCAGCCCGCUUCCCGACCCGCGCACCCCGCCGCCAGUUUCCCCAAGCCCGUCCGCGCCCUCCCCUCCACCUCUUAAGAAUCUCAAGGCACCGACACCGAGAUUCCAACCACACGGACUGGACAGACCACAAUUUCCCACCCUGCAGCCAACGGAGCUCAGUCCACAGAAAGGCUACGAGCCCCAUAACGUUGGCGAAGCAAGCGGGGAAGACGAUCUCAGCCGCAACUGGGCCGUGCUGAGAGCAACCGGGGGCAGCCACCGGGCGUGGUACACGGAAGUCCGGGACACCGGGGCUCGCCUAGCGGCACCAGUCAGCGGUUUCGGAGAGGGAGAUGCACGCACGGGGGCGCGCCAGUGCCCACAAGACUCCACCUCAGAACAGGGGUUGGCGCUCCUGAAGAAACUUCGUGAGAUGGAGCCUGCGGUCUCGGCGUCGAGCCGGCUCCAGGCGAGAAUCGUCCCAGAUCCCGCAAUUCUGGCCUUUGCAUCCAACCUCCCCCCGCCCAAGCCGGCCAAUAUGUCGGGUGGAGAGCCUCCGGCGGGACCCGAGAAAGUGCCUUCUUUGAGGCCCUCCUUACGGGCACCGGCAGCCCCUCACCUACUGCCCCCGCUCGACAAACCGUCAAGCUUGCAGCUUUCUCAGGCAGGGAACCGCCUGGCCGAUCUGCCCCGCUCGUUGACCACAGCCACAGUACGGGAGACUGCUCCACAUACAGUGGUCGCCGCCGAGUUGCAACCUCGUCAGCUCAACAGCCCAGGAAAGAUUCGUCAAGAGGAACGACCAGCGCUCACCGACCGCCCUGGUGCGGGCAGCCCCGGGAGCCAUCUGGACAGCCCAGCUGUAGCGCACGCGCUGAGCAGACCUGUUGCGUGUGCAAAACCCAGCGGAGUUUCGCCACGCAGUGCUGCAGCGAGCGGCGGACCGUCGAUUGACCGCCCGACAGGCCUCAAACGGUUUGCGGAUCUUUCCAUGGGCGCACAGCGGGCCCUCGUUGAGUUGGCGGUUGCGCUCUCGCAGCGUCAAGCCGUCGGCUUUUCUCCGCGCCUCAGUCCCCCCCCCUUGCCAGUCCCGAUCGCCCCUACUUCGCCUCAGCCACAAACUCCCGGCAAAGGUCGCGGGCCAGCGCAUGCGCAGGCCCUAGAAGGUCUCAAACGGGUCUGGAGCGCCCGUCUGACGGAGUUAGAAAAGGCGCCACUCCACAAUGGCUCCGGGGGAACUGCUGUCAAAAACGCUUCGCCCAAAUUGUCCGCUUUCAACGUCCCACCAACCUCUUCCUCAAAGUCCAACUCAGUCAGUAAGAUGACCCUGGAACAAUCUACCGGGCAGGGACUUGCGAGUCCGUCCUUUUCGAGGGCGAUCGUCCCCUACCAAGGCUUUCCGUCCAACUCGCACCACGCUUCUCCAGUCAGCUCUCCGCUCCUGCACCCUUCUCUUUACGGCCAAGAUCACCGCGCAGACCAGCCCAGCGUGACUGGGCUGCCGGACUUGAACAUCCCUCUCAGUUUCCCCGACGAGGAGACCGCGCGGGGGCUGCGGGAGACCGUGAAGGGCGCGGCGCAGGACGCCCGGAAGCGGGGCAUCGGCAGGAAGGUGCGCGUGCCCACCGUGUUCUGGGCGCUUCCUCUGAAGCGGCCCGAGAAGCUGCGCACGCUGCGCCACGCGGUGCGGCUGCCAGAGGACCACCCGCUGCUGCGGCAGUUUCAGCAACGGGAGGCAGACGACCCGUGCCCCUAUUUCGCGGUCCUGUGGCCCGCCAGUCUCGACCCUGCAUUCCCUACGUUGUUGCCCGACCUCAACGAGAUUCCACUAGAGUCCAGUGAAGCGGCCUCCGGCGACAGACAAACAGCCGGAGCCACGAAGGAGGUCCCCGAGCCUGUGUACCUGCAGGGCGGCCACCCAGCAGCAGACCUUGUUGUCUCGGACGUCAGCACGGUGCACGCGUUUCGGGAAGACGAAAGUCGGGGGGCAGAUGUCUUUGAAACGCAGAGGCGACGCCAACUUGGCGCCACUCGGAGCUCGCUAGGGGUCGACACAGUGGCCUUGGCAGAACCUGCUGCUCCUUCACUACUCUGUCAAGAAAAGGAAGCCGGAGCCGGUCCUCUCAGUGCGGCCUUUUCGACCCGGCCUCCCACCGAGCUGUCGUUCAGAGAGCCCACGGCUGUCGAUUCCAAGCCCAGCAUUCCCGUUACCCCUCCUGCGGAAGUCCCGAGCGAGAUGACGUGUCACCAUCUCAUUGACACGGUACCAGAGGGGCGAUGUGAGAGUUCAGGAGCAGCCCAGGUAGCUAGCGAUGCCUUAGCGCUUACGGUACAGUCCGGGGUUGUAAGACGACCUCGGAGCGUGCGCGUGCGGUCAGGCCAGGGGGGCGGCUGGCGCAGCAACCUGAAGCCAGAGCCUUCUGGCACAUGCCUUUUUCAAAGCGAGCCCCUUUUUUUGCCGCGAGAGAUGAAGCAAGAAGCUGAGGAGACGCAACUGGUGAUCCAGACCCGCGGCGAGAAGAGGAGGUUGGCGGCGGCGACCACGGACGGGGACAAGUUGGCCCCAGACGGUGUGGUCAGGCUGGAGCGCAUUCUGCUGGGGUCGCCCCGUAAGAGGCGGACCAGGGUUGCGUUUACGGAACCGGGGGUUGCAAGGCCGGACGCGAAAGAGAACGAGAGCGGGGGGUUCAUUGAGCGUCACGGAAGCGGGGCGGAACGGGAAGACAAACGGAAGGAACGAGCAGUUGUGGGGCAAUCAGGGCGCCCGGCGGCAUGCACGGUAAAGCAGGAGAGUAACGCGUCGGAGGUAGCCGAUGAGGGGCGACACCGUGGGCCGGGAGAACGGAGCGAGAGGGAUCAGCCGGCGGGCUGGCUGGUGCCGUUUAACAGGAGGUCGAGGGAGAGGACCCGGGCGAUUUGCAAGUCGGGGGCCGCUGGAGACAAAGCUGCCAGUGGCGGUGCAGCGGGGGAGUGUGAGCACGGGGCGAAGAGGUUCCGAGCAGAGGUGCUUAAUCUGUGGGAAGAACGGGGAGACGUUGCGACGGGAGACCACAAAACUGCUGGCCCCUGCGACGCGAUAGACGCGAAGGGAAGCAAGGCAGCCAGGCAGCCCCCCUCCUUUGUGCCCGACUGCGAAGUCCGAGCCCUGGGUACUAGCGCUUGCCCAGCUGACGUUUCCGCAGCGGUGAUCACCUACCGUGCCACGUGUCCCUCAGAGCAACCAAUUGCUCAACUCGUCUCCACCCCUCCCCUUGACGGCACCUCCACUCCCGAUGCCGCAGAGUGCGGCUUGGCAGCCCUUGACUGUCCCCCGCACGAAGGGGCGGCCUCAGCAACGGUCAAAGGUUUUCCGGAUGCAACGGCACUUUACUCCGCGUCUCGACCUGCAAUAUCUCCAGAGACGCCCUCCCUGUCCCGAGCAGCCAACAGCCCGCAUCCCGCGGAUGAAGCUUGCACCAUCAUGACCCCGGUCGCCUCCCAAGGGAUCCCUCCUGACGUUCCUCCCCCUGCUGCCGACCUCAUGCCGCCGUCGCCUCCGGUCAGCUGGCCGGCCACCCCGGAGAAGGUGCGGCCGGACAGGCCGCAAAUGUCGCCGUCGCCUCCGACAGCGGGGACGGCAGCCCGUUCGGUUGAUGGGCUUCAGGCAGUCCAGGACAGGACCCCGGGGGAGAGCACCGGGGAGAAAGCGCCGCCCGAGAUGUCCGCGGCAAGCCCGUGCACGUGCAGCACGUGCUGCUGCAACGAGGGAGGCACGGUCUUCGUCACACUGCUGGUGCCGUGCCGCACGGCCAUGUCCGGGCGCUUCCCCCUCAACGGCACCUACUUCCAGACUAACGAGCUCUUUGCGGACCACGCCACGUCGCAGCGCCCCCUCGCUGCGCCCGCGGCCGACUUUGCGGGCCUGCCGCGCAGUACGGUCCUGUUCGGGACAGGCGCCACCAACAUGUUCAAGGCGGCCUCGCUGGAGGCCGUCAGAGAGGUCUUCCAGCACGGAUACAUUUGUGUGCGGGGCUUUGACGUCAAGAGACGCACGCCCAAGCCUCUGUCGACCAGAUUGCACGCCGGCACAAGUGUCAAGAAGAAAUGAAAUGAGCGAGUGUAUUAUAGAAGAGUCGUUUCCGACUCUGUGAUUAAAUGGUCUAUUUGUUCAGGGCUCCUCAACCCAUCGAAAGACUGCACAUUAAGGUUAGGAAUGUGCACGGUAGUGUACUGUAGCAUACGGGCUGGUUUUGACACCACCUUCGAGAAGACAGUAGGUCUGUACAGUGUGUGUUACAUAAGCCUUGAAGCAGAUGAAACCGUAGAACAGUCAAGGACGUGGACUCGUCGGUAGGUGCAUCGACAUUUUAACGGAGUUAGUCAACAGACGAAGUAUCAAUAGCACGGGCCAAUCAUGAUAGCACGAAAAGUUGGGCACACACAACAGCUGUAAGGACCAAGACCACUUCCAUGUCGAGUAGAUUUUCAUCUGGGGUACUUAGCUCCUCAGGUAGCAGUAUAAGUUAGAGAUUCGUGGAUGCUGCAAUAGGUACGAGGAUACGGAGACAAGUACGGUGCAUCAUUGUGCGACAGACUCAAGCUAGCUAGAGCGUUUGUACGUCUGCAUUGUCGGGAUCACAGAUGAUAUGAUAUGCCGUAUGAGU